AUGUCGUCGAACAACGGCGAGUUGGCCAGGUCCAGACCGAAGCCGAAGCGCAACCCGCCCAGAUCCGCAGCCAGAAACCCCUGGGGGGAGAAAGUACUCCUGACAAGCAAGAAAUCACGUCUUGUUGAUCUUGACCUCGUGAAGCUACUUGCCAGGCCCGAAGCAUGGGAGUGUCUCGACGAAGACGAGAAGAAAGAGAUCUUAUCUCUCCUGCCGGAAAACGUUCAUCCCGAACUGGGGCCUUCUGAUGAGAAGAUUGCGCCUUUAUCGCAGUCAUUUUUACGUUACUCGAACUACUGGCGAGACGGAAUACGGCAGUUCCAGGUAGAUCUGCAAAACGGCCGCUAUGAGCCCGAAUGGCUGCUCCAGGCCAGCGAAGCUAUGGAAGAGAGGGCCCGCGGCGAGUUUGACAACUUUAAAGAGCGAGAGUUUGAAGAGUUCUGGGGCCAGAAGCAGAAAACGGAAUAUGCCACCAUCGCUGGGGAGAGCUCCAAGGUAAAGCUGGAGACAUUGAUUGUAGAAGGUAUCAUUCAAAUAGGCGAUGUCUGGAAGUUUGACCGGGUUUUUGCAACAAAAGCCGGCAAAAUACACGUUCAAAAAGAGGCCAGGAUUGUGGGCAUUGAUAAGACGCUGCUGACCUUUGCGGUGCCGCCUGGUCAACGGAUUUUCCUUCCAUCUGAGCGAGAUGUGGUAGUUCAGGAUUCAUCCCAGCCCAGCCAGCUCGACGAAAGCAUUACAUGUGAGGGAGAACAGAAGGAGAUGGAAGUGCCUCCCCAACUUGAUCCUCUACCCCGGGAGACGAGAAGGAAUACGAGGUCCCGGUCCACGAAGAUACCCGACAGAAUCACUGUCGAAAUUGAUCCAUCAAAGACUGGGAAAGAAGAACAGACUAUACCCAGUUUGACCGAGUCGGCGCCGACCCCAGCUGCUGGUGUGCCGGAUAAUAUUCUGACAGAGGCGAACGGACAGAUGGACCUAGUCAUUGUACCGAACAUUAGAACGACUACCGCCAUUAUGACACAGAUCGUUGGGAUAGACGGUCGGAUCAAGGAUAUACCCAAUGGCAAUGCGUGGAAGGAGUUCCGUUGUUACAGGCGGAACCAAGAUAUGGGCAGUCUUUUCGAUGUGCGGGAGAAAUGGUUUAAAAGAGGUCUAUAA